GACAACCAUCUGAACUGACAAGAAGUCCAAGACAAAAAAGUGUUACACAGAAUCAGAUGGGAAUGGAGAAAGGCAGUGACUCAACGCGGGAAUGAACAAACCCAUUUUUCUAUUGAAUCUUUCUCCAAGUCGUGCCGGCCUCAAUGUUCCAACCCUCUCGCACACGCUCCUCUCUCUCUCAACAACUGUCAACGUGAGAGAGAAAUCUUGUUUUCAAGAAACUGGCUGGUUUGGCGUGCUGGUGUGUGAAGAAAGAUGGCGUCUUCGGGGAAUGUGGGAAGAGCUUCGUACAAGUCUGAGAGGCCACAUUCUUCUGGUAAUGGUAGUGUUUCUUUGAGAAAUAAUGGCGGUGGUGCACAAGGGCAGCAGCAUUCUGCCCGCCCCAAAGCGCCCAUGUCCAGUUCGAGACGCUCGGUUACUCCCAUUUCAAGAACUCGCUCUCUGCCUCUUGAAGAUGACCCAGAGUCUGAAAGAGUGAGAGUUGCUGUUAGACUUCGACCUAAAAAUGCUGAGGAUCUUGCUGAUUCCGACUAUUCUGACUGUGUUGAACUUCAGCCUGAGCUGAAAAGGUUAAAGUUGAGGAAAAACAAUUGGAGUUCUGAGUCUUACAGAUUCGAUGAAGUAUUUACUGAAAGUGCUUCUCAAAGACGUAUUUAUGAGGUGGUAGCAAAGCCUGUAGUUGAGCGUGUGCUGGACGGGUGUAAUGGCACAGUUAUGGCUUAUGGUCAAACAGGCACUGGGAAGACUUACACCCUUGGCAGGCUGGGUAAAGAGGACGAAUCUGAGCGUGGGAUAAUGGUUAGAGCUAUGGAGGACAUAUUAGCGGGCACAUCUACAUCUGAUACUGUUGAAGUCUCUUAUUUGCAGUUAUACAUGGAAUCUAUUCAAGAUUUGCUUGCACCGGAAAAGAUAAAUAUUCCAAUUGUGGAGGACGCCAAGACUGGAGAAGUAUCAGUUCCUGGUGCUGAAAUAGUUAAAAUACGAAAUCUUGGUCACUUCUUGCAACUAUUGCAAGUUGGAGAAGCUAAUCGUCAUGCAGCUAAUACAAAGAUGAAUACAGAAUCAUCACGCAGUCAUGCAAUUCUCAUGGUUCAUAUUCAUAGAUCUGCACAAGAGAAAGAAGAUAUAGAUGUUGGUCAACAAAAAGAGAUUCCCACGGAUAGACAUGGACAUCAUGUGGCGACUAUCCGGAAAAGUAAGCUACUGCUUGUGGAUCUUGCAGGAUCUGAGAGGCUGGACAAAUCAGGGAGCGAAGGCCACUUGCUUGAGGAGGCCAAAUUUAUCAAUCUCUCUCUUACUUCUUUAGGAAAGUGCAUAAAUGCAUUGGCUGAAAACAGUGCUCAUAUACCAACCAGGGAUUCUAAGUUGACAAGAUUGCUUCGUGAUUCAUUUGGAGGAUCCGCAAGAACUUCACUCAUAAUUACAAUUGGGCCAUCUUCUCGUCAUCAUGCAGAAACUGCAAGCACUAUAGUUUUUGGACAAAGGGCCAUGAAAGUUGUAAACAUGGUGAAGGUGAAAGAAGAAUUUGAUUAUGAAAGCUUAUGCAGGAAGCUCGAGACACAAGUUGAUCAUCUCACUGUGGAAAUUGAUCGACAACAAAAGUUAAGGGAAAAUGAAAAAAAUGAAAUGAAGAAGUUGCUAGAAGAAUUUGAAAAUUCUACUGCUGAAGCAGAAAAACGUUUUGUUGCUAGAUCUGAGUUAUUAGAGAAGGAGAAUGGUAAAUUAACAUUGCACGUGAAAGAAUUACUACAAGAGUUGGAUAGUCAGAAAGAGCAAAACAAAUUGUUGCUUGAUGAGAUUACACUCUUAGUAACGAGUGUGAGUAAUAGUAAGUUACUGGAGGAGGAAAAUACUCGUCUGGCGGUGGAGUUGAAUAAUGUUAUUACAGACCUGAAAUGCCAGAAAGACAAAAACAUCAUCAUGCAUGAUGAGAUUGAACGCCUUGAGAUUAACUUAAAGCACAGCAAGCAACAGCAGCUAGAUAAAUCAACCUAUCAGAAAGUACUUGCUGAUACAACCCAAAUGUAUGAAGAGAAAAUAGCUGAUUUAAUGAAGCAAAUAGAAGAUGCAAAUGUGCGAUGCUUAAGUGCUGAAGAAGAAAUGAAGAUGAUGAAGAAGCAAAUUAGUGAUACUCAAGUGUUGUUGCAGCAAAAUCAGGUGGAAAAUUCUAGAUAUCAUGAAGCACUUGCGACCACCACUAAGAUGUAUGAAGAUAGAGUAGAGGCAUUAAAUCAGCAACUUAAAGAUGAGCACGCCCGUGCUCGUGAAAUUGAAGAAGAAUUAAAUUCUACAAAACGGCUUCUAGGAGAGUAUCGAAAUUCAGUCCAGGUUAAUGCAGAGAAAGAGAUUGAUGAUCUUCGAAUGAGACUGCAAGGAAUGCAUCAGCUGCAUGAGACAACUGCCAAUGAUUUUCGACUAUUAAGCAUCGAAUACAAGAAUCUAGAAUCAGAAAAGGAAACACUUAAAAAUGAACUUCAUGCUGUAAGACAAACACUUCAAGCAGAGGAAAGGCGAAGAAGGAAAGCUGAAACAGAGCUUGUUAACGUAAUGAAGGUUGUUCCAGAAAGUGAAGAUGGAUUUGAGGAAAAGAUAUCGUAUAUGCAUGAAAAUACAACCAAAACAACUUCAGGUUUAUGCAACCUGCAAAGUUCGCAUAAGUCAACCAGGUCAAGAGAAACUAUUCUAAGCCAGAGGAAUACAAUCACCAAAAUAUGUGAGGAAGUUGGUCUCCAAAAGAUAUUGUCAUUGUUACAAUCUGAGGAUUUGGAUGUCCAAAUUCAUGCUGUGAAAGUCGUGGCUAACCUUGCUGCAGAAGAUAUCAAUCAGGAACGGAUUGUGCAAGAAGGGGGUCUAGAUGCACUGCUCAUGUUGGUGGAAUCAUCCCAGAACAUAACAAUACUCCGGGUUGCUUCUGGUGCCAUAGCUAAUUUGGCAAUGAAUGAAAUGAAUCAAGGUCUAAUAACGAAUAAAGGUGGAGCUAAACUUCUAGCAGAUGUGGCGUCAAAAACAGAUGAUCCGCAAACUCUUCGGAUGGUUGCUGGAGCAAUUGCAAAUCUGUGUGGAAAUGAGAAGUUACAUGUGGUUCUGAAAGAAGAUGGAGCCAUUAAAGCGCUCUUGGGAAUGACUAGAUCAGGGAACGCAGAUGUUAUUGCUCAGGUUGCCAGGGGAUUAGCUAACUUUGCCAAGUGUGAGUCGAGAAGAAUCAUGCAAGGCCGUUUUAAAGGUCGUUCCCUUCUAAUGGAUGAUGAAGCUCUGCCAUGGUUGCUAGCAAACUUGAACACUAGUUCUACUGCAAUCAGACGCCAUAUGGAACUUGCUAUUUGCCAUUUAGCUCAAAAUGAGGACAAUGCCAAGGAUUUCAUAACCGGUGGUGGUCUGAAGGAACUGAUCGGAAUCUCAGACGAGUCUGCAAGAGAAGAUAUCCGCAACUUGGCCAAGAAGACACUCAGGUCGAGUCCAUUAUUCCGGGCGGAACUGCUUGCAGAAUGACGAUGUAUAAGGUUACACAGCCCCUUUGAGCUACUCUUUUGGAAGUGCUAGAUUAUACAAGCCUCACAUUUACAACCAUCGUUUGUCCGUUUACAUUACAUGUUUUUGUAAAUGUACAGAAACUCAAAUAUUAUUGAUCACUAGAAAGAAAUGAUCAAAUAGUAGAGAGUUAUAACAUGUCAAACAAAUUAUUUAUAAAGACGGAUUUGCCCUUAUCGUGCAAAAUGCCAACUAAAUUUAGUUUUGAGUACGUGAAGUGAAUUUUCUAAAUUUUUUGUGGUGGGAAACUGCCAAAUUG